UGCAUCCAGUGGAGAGCAGCGGCACUGCAGGAUGGGAGCACGAGAGGAAGUUCUUCAGGAACUUCUGGCAGAGCAGAAUCCAGAGUUUUUCCCCUCCUCUGGAGAAGAAGUGAAUCCAGUUCCGUUAACGGAGGAAUAGAGGGGGGACGUCAGCGAACUCGGGGGGGAAACGCGAUUUGCGACGCUUUCUACGCCGUUUCUCUUAUGGAAAAACUGGGAAAAGAGUGAACUUUCCUCAACGCGCCCCGAGGAAAACUUCACCGACAGAAGGGGCGAUGGGAUGCGAGUGAGCUAUGCCUUGUAGAAAUGGACAGAUUGUGUUUAAGCGAAAACAUGGCGUCUGCCUCCCAAAGUUUGGAUUAUUUUCCAGUCUGCUCUUUGCGCUCUGCUGCCUGGAGGCGCGCUCGGGCGUCGCGGCAGACGGGAGAGCCUGCAGCCCGUGUCCGGGUAACUGCUCUUGCUCGGCGGUGGGACCGCAAAACUCGUGCGUGGUUAAUUGUUCCAGCAUCGGGCUGGAUCAGGCCCCAGCGGCGUCAGACCUACCGACCGACACGCACACUCUAGAUCUGUCCAGAAACCACAUUCCCUCAGUGGAUUCCAGCCUCUUUGAUCACCUCACCGCCCUCAAGGAGCUGUAUCUUCAGAGCAAUCGUCUGGUCACUCUUCCUCGUGGGAUCUUCGACUGUGGGCCGUUAGCUGUGCUAGAUUUGAGCAACAACCAGAUCACCACCAUCGAGGAACGAACGUGUGAUAAUUUAUUUAAUUUAACUACGAUAGAUCUGAGCUUUAACCCGUUCAUCUGCGACUGUAAGCUGGUGCGCUUGGUGAGCUGGCUGCAGGAUCAGGGCGUUCGAGUGAAGCGACCCAACUCUAUGCUCUGUGACCGGCCGCCCGAGGUGAAAAACCAGCCGCUGCUCAACGUCAGUGUGCACACCUGCGGCCUGACGUACGCGGGCUGUCUGCAGGACGAGGAGCAUGCUGCAGGCGUGGAGCUGGUCAUCUUCUCCUCUUCCACUCCCGGCCCGUUCUCGCGUGAGGAAUGCAACUCCAAAUGCUUCCAUGAGAACCAGCGCUACGGCGGUCUGGGUCAGCAGAGAGAGUGUCUGUGCAGCACCAACUCCGAGCCCAACCACAUCAGCGAGUCCCAGUGUUCGGCCGCGUGCUCGGACCCGCUGGUCAUGAAGGAGUGCCUCUGGACUGUGGCGCAGGACGUGUUUCAGGUGAAUUUCUCUGCCUCUCUUCCUUCUCGCCGUGUGUCUGUUCAUUCAGAGGCUGUCCUGUCUGUCGCCUCGUCCGUCUUCCCUGCCUCUUUCUCAUGGGACUUCGGUGACCUUUCGCCCCGGGUCAACACCUCUACGCCCAACACCACGGUGAGGCAUAAGUACGGUGUCCCGGGACGGUACCAGCCUCAGGUGAGUCUCUCAGCGGGUCACCAGGAGAUUGUGGCGCAGGGGAACGUGAGCGUGGAACUGCCCCCUCGACUCGAGCUCCACUGCCCCGAACUCAUAGUGGCCAAUCAGAGCCUGGAGGAGGUGGUUUCUCUGGUCAACUGGGGCGGAGUGGGCGUAAACGUGGACUGGAGGAUCAGGAAGGAUGGGAGAGAGAUAGCAAGAGCGGAGCCGCUGUGUUUGCCAGAUGCGAUCCAUCACGCUGACUCAUCCCGCUGUUUCCUGUUGGUGUCGGAGGAAGUCAGCUGGUCAGAUGCUCGGCGUAAUUGCUCAGCCCGUGGAGGGGAGCUCGCCGUGGUGCAUUCCCAAACCGUCCGGGACCUUCUGGCCCCUCGAAUCACACAGGAGCGCGGCGUGUGGUUGGGUUUGAGCGAUCAGUACUCUCCCCGUGUCCUGCGCUGGGUGGACGGUUCGGAGGUCCUGACGGGGGAGGAGGGCACGAGGGACCGGGCCACGCUGCAGCCUGGAAAUGUGUGUGUGUCACUGGAUGGCAGCGGGCUGCCCAGCUCCCACUCCUGCACCGCCAGACGAGCGUUUGUCUGCCAGUUCACACGCCACGUGCGUGUUCCUGAUGCCGCUGUGUGUGCGGUGGGCACCGCUGUGUUUCACUCCCACAGUCCUCUGAGCAGCCCCACAGCGAAACACUCCUCUGUGCCCAACACACCCGCCGGGAGCGUCGAGCUGCUGCUGUUCCCUGGACUGAUUUUAUGUUGCGGUGACCUCUGCGCCCCCAUCACUGUCUGUCAGGCCCCGGAUGAGUGGAUCAAUGACACCUCCGUCCCACCAGCAGCCACAGAGUGUCCAGCGGGACGUCAGUACUGUCCAUACGCUGAGCGCUGUCUGCCCUUGGCCAGCUCGUGUCAUACCGGGGCUUGUGUGAACUGUUCUGGGGUCAGUCCUCUGCCUGCGGGCACACAGUACCCAGAUUACAGACUCAUCGAGGAGGUGCUGAUCUCCCUAUCGGCCGGACCGCCAUCCAGCAUCCGGGUCCAAGAGGACAUAGAGGACCUGUUAGUUUCCCCUGGUGACUUCAUCGCCCUGCAGCAUGACGCCGGACCGUCAGGGCUCCUCCAGUGCUCCUCUGACCCCUCGUCGCCAUGGAAACAGAGCGUGCUCAUCCAGAACCGCUCCGAUUGGUGGGACGUAAACGAGACGCUGCAGUCGGAUGCAGAGGGCGGCUGGGAGGAGGGUGUGGUUUGCCAGGUGAGGGUGCUGUACGUGGGGCAGAACAGCACCGUGCUGCAGGGUCCCUUCCUCCGCUCUGGCCUCCCUCAGCUUGGCGACUACACUUUGGAAGUGACAUCCAGUGAUGAGGAUUUUCCUGUCACCGCAUCCUGUCCCAUCCACGUCGUUCCACCUCUGGGCCCAGCCGUGAUCUAUCCCACCAAUCACAAUGGGACGGUGUACUUCCUGCCCAAUCAGACAUGGAUUCUCGUCACGGUCCGCUCGCAGCACGAUGCUCUGAUUGGCCAGCAAGGCAGCAAUGAGACCGUUCCCUUUCACAACGCCUGUCCCGAGAACCUGGUGGCGAAAGUGGCCGAAUGCAGGCAGCCCGGCCCGUACAACGACACCAUGUUUGCAUGGUUUGACCUCCAGCUCGGGUCCACACCAGAACAGACCACCGUGCUGUUUCUUGUCCAGAGCAACGUUACCAAAGCAUCUCUACAAAUUCAGGCGAGGGUGCAAGAACCUCUCCGGGUGCUCUUAAUCAAACCCCAUCCUGCUCACAGAGUCCUCAUGGAGUCCGUAGUGAGUUACAUAGCCUCUGUGGAGGGAGGUACGGACCCGUCGUUCAAAUGGACAGUGGAUGAUAAACCAUACUUCACGUACUAUAACAGCAUGUUAAAUAUCAUCUACCAGAACGCAGCAGUGUACAAACUCACGGUAAUGGCUAUGAACCAGGUUAGCAUGCUGACAGAGCACUUCACUGUCACAGUAGACCGCAUGAACCCGAUGACUGAGCCGAUGGUCCACGGAGUCCCCAAAAUCGUGCAGCAGGGUUUGUCCCUGAACCUGUCUGCGUCGGUGAAGAUAGACAUGGCGGUGGAUGUCACCUUCUGGUGGUGGUUUGGAGAUGGAGGGAACCGUACACAUCAGAUUAAGCCCCCUUACAAUAACCCCUCUAGUAACCAGGUGGUGAUUCGUGAUGAUGUGGAAUACAUUUAUGCACAGCCAGGGGAGUACACCCUAUUGUUCACGGCUUCCAACCGCUAUGAGAACAAGACAUGCAAAGUCGAUGUAUACGUCUUUAGCGUUCUGACAAGUGUGCGAAUCGAGAUUGACCCGCCCCUGCUACGUGCCGAAAAACCAGCUGACUUCGAGGCCCACCCCCUACCGUCUCCCUACGGCAUCAUCUACACCUGGAACUUUGGUGACAAUUCAAGUGUACAGAAGGGGCGUGAACGUAGGGUUCCUCACGCGUACGCUCACAGCGGUGUCUACAAUAUCUGCGUGAAUGUCAACAACACCAUUAGCUGGACAGACACCUGCAUGGAAGUUAUCGUCUAUGAGGAUGUUAAGGGCUUGGAGGUGAUGUCAUCUGCUCCCACAGAAUGCAACACUCCUACCGUUGUCACGGCAAGUCUGGAAGCAGGCAACAGUGUAACUUGGAGCUUUGACAUGGGUGAUGGAAUGGUGCACAUGGUUAUGGAACCCAAAGUUGAAUAUACGUACAGGAAAGAUGGAAACUACACUGUAAAUGUCACCGCAAAGAAUGUUGUGAGCUCUCAAUGGGUAACCAUACCUGUUGAGGUGUUUGUGCUACAAGUGUUAUCGCUAGAACCUCCCGGGUGCAUUCUGGAAAACAAAGAGGUACUCUUCCAUGCAUUUGUGUCAGGGAACGCUUCAGGACAUCAGUACGUAUGGAGUUUUGGAGAUGGAAGCCCCAACGAAACUCAGUAUGGAACGCAGAUGAUAAUGCACACAUACGUUAAGAGUGGCGAGUACAAUCUCUCGCUACUUAUGUCAAGUGAAGCCAACAAAGCAAAUUUUUUCAGAAGGGUCUGCGUCCAACCUGAACUCACAACAGUGUCUUUGUUUCCUCUGAGAACACACAUCAAGUUCGGUGAGGAGAGCAGAUUUACAGUAGCUGCCUUCCCAGAAUUUAACUACACCUACCUAUGGGAUUUUGGGGUACUUGACUCGAGAGGUCCUGUUCGAGGUGGUAAGGAGAUGGCCUUUACAUUCAAGAGUCCUGGGGAAUAUCUGGUUACGGUUACUGCGCUCAACAACAUCUCCUGUAUCAACGACACUGUUUUAGUGGUGGUGCAACAAUCUGUCAGUUUUUUGCUGAUCAGCCAUAAUGGGGAUAAAGAGAACAAUCUUUCUUUACACCAAGGCUAUGCUUUCAAGGCAUCUUCAGACUCUGAGAAUGCUGUCUACAUCUGGGAUUUUGGAGAUGGGACUCGACUUAAUGGGACAAACUUAUCACACGCUUACAAUUCCUCGGGCAGGUUUAACAUCAGUGUUACAGGCAAGAAUGAAAUAAGUGAGACCAAAAAUGAGAUUUCCGUUGUGGUCUUGGCCCCAAUCACAGGACUGUCAGUAAAUGCUAGCCUUGUUAAUGUCCCUUUGAACAGUUCCGUUCACUUUGAGGCACACCUCAAACAAGGAGAUGGUGUAAGGUACUCUUGGAUUCUUUGUGACCGGUGCACGUCUAUCCAAGGCACUCACACCAUGUUCUACACGUUUCGCUCCGUUGGGACUUUCAAUGUCAUCGUUACUGCAGAGAAUGACAUUGGCACUGUUCAGUCAAGCAUUUCCAUCUUUGUGCAGCGUGAGUUGGAGGGCUUGCAGAUAGUGGCUGAUGAGCUUAUUGAAGGAUGCUGUUUUGCAAGCAACCGUGUCCUUCACUUACAAGCCUCAUUAAAAGAGGGCACCAAUAUGACCUUCAGCUGGAACCUUCUGAGGGAACAUGAAAACCAUGACUACAACCUCACAGGCAAGACCAUAGACCUCAACUUUUCCACCCCUGGUCCUUGUGAUGUCGUCCUCAAGGCAACCAACUUGCUUGGCCAGCUGGCUGUGAACAAAACUAUUGAGUUUUUGGAUCCUGUAAGGGAGCUGGUCCUUAAGAUUUCAUCAAACCCUGCUGCAGUAAAUGCCAUGACAAAUAUGACAGUAUUUGCAAGUUUUGGAACAGUGCUUCAUUACAAAUGGUGGGCAGAUGGUGAACUGUUAACAUCUGAUAUGUCCUCAGUCAUGCACCGUUUCAGAAGCGCAGGUUUGAAACUGGUUAAAGUGGAGGUUUCCAACAAAGUCAGCUCGGAAGUGGUCUCAAAGUGGAUCAGCAUUCAAGAACCAAUCUCGGGAUUGACUUUCAUCGCCACAAAUGUUACAGAGAACUUUGUAGCUUCAGGGGACAAUGUUACUCUGCGUGGAGAAACACGGAUGGGAUCCAGCAUUUCGUGGAUGUGGCUAUUGCCAGACAACACAAAAUCGAACCAGCGCACCACCUCCUACAUCUUCCCCAAACCAGGAAUUUUCACUGUCGCUUUGAACGCCACUAAUGACAUGAACAGAGAAACAUACUCACAUGAGUUUACCGUUCAAGACCGUAUCCAGGGUCUGGAGCUCAAGGCCGGCAAACAAAUUGCUGCGGUUGGUGAAAACAUUGAGUUUACCAUCUCUGUCUCAUCUGGAACUUCUGUUCAUUUCAUCCUGAGCAUUAGUGGUGAUGCAACUGUUGUUCUGACCAAUCAAACCUACAUCCACCAGUUCACUACUGUGGCCAAGUACUACGUCAACCUUACUGCCUUCAACCAAGUGAGUUCAGAACGAAGGACUCUGCACAUUGAAGUCAUGGAGCCUGUGACCAAGUUGACUAUACUGGACUGCUGUGAUGCCGCUAUACCUGUCGGUGUACCUAGGGCUUAUGUAGCGUGCACACCGACACGUGAUCCGCUGACCAUUCUGUGGACCUUUGACCUUCAUCAUGGUCUCAAGAUCUCUCGGGUUGGCAAGUCGGUGACAUAUGCGCCAGAACAGCCAGGCAAUCUGACCAUAUUCCUUAGAGCAUUCAAUUCUUUAAACGGAUUAAAUGUGACCAAGGUUAUACGAGUUCAGAACAUUAUCAGGUCAGCCACCUUGGAAGCUCAACCAAGCAACACCUUCAUAAACAAGACGGUCAGCUUCCAUGUGGGAAUCACUCCUGUUUCCACUCCAGCGACAUAUCAGUGGGACUUUGGGGAUGGUACUUCUGCAGCUGUCACAACUACACCUUCUCUUAGUCAUAUCUACAUCCUUCCUGGUCACUAUGUGGUGCGAGUUAAUGUCAGUAACCUGGUGAGCUGGGUUACAGCAGAGGAUAAUGUCAACAUCUCUGUCCUAAAGUGCGACGAACCAGAAGUUCAGAUCAUUCAAGCUCCACGACUCGCCAUCUGGCGUUACCAGCCAACCUCGGUAGAGGCCAAUGUGAAUUUAAAAGGUUGUGGUCUCUAUGGAGUAGAGUACCUCUGGGAGAUCCUCACCUCCCCUCGCUGUCAGGAUGAUGACAAGAAAGGUCCACCACCGUCUAAGGUCCGUCUCCCCCCAGAAGUCAACGUCCGGAGGCUCCAAAUUUCAGUGCCCAAGAUGUCGAUUUCUGCUGGGAACUACACUCUAGUUUUUUCUCUGUCCUAUGAGGGGGUGCCACUACGGAAGGCAGCAUGUAUUCAACUUUCAGUCAUGUCCAAAAAGCUAGUGCCAAUCAUUGAGGGUGGCACAUACCGUGUGUGGUCCAAAACUCAAGAUUUGCAUUUGAGCGCAGAGCAAUCCUACGACCCGAACCUGGACCCAGAGAACCAGUCCCUGCUCAACUACCACUGGGAAUGUGUGAGCACCUCAAAGGGCCCAGCUCACUGCUCCACUUUGCAUUUCGGGUUGGGUCCGAGCGACCCGGUUCUGGGAAUCUCUGGUUCUGAACUGGAGGUAGAUGUUGAGUAUACCUUUCGCCUGACCGUCAGCAAAGAAGGCAUGACCCCAGAGUCCACAAACCAAAUGGUGUGGGUGCAAAGCGGUCGCAUCCCGAUGGUGUCUCUGGAGUGCGUGUCGUGCAAAGCUCAGUCUCGCUACGAGAUCAGUCAGAGCUCUUAUGUGUACCUGGCUGGCACCUGCAAUAACUGUCACAGCUCACACAGAGGGCGGUGGACGGCAAUGACCGGAGGGAACGAGACGCUGGUGCUGGAUCUGAACACCACCACCACGGGCAGCGACAGCAUGAACCUGGUCCUGCGACAGGGUAUACUCCGCGACGGAAACUCCUACAUAUUCAGCCUCCACGUGACCGAUGACAGCAUGGACCGCGAGGGCGUGGCCUACAUCGAGCUCCACCCCAACCUGCCUCCAGCCGGCGGGACGUGUUCUCUGUGGGCGGAUGGCGACGGGCCUCAGGUGUGCACGCUGCUGGAGAGAGUGCACUUCAACUGCUCAGGUUACACUGAUAUGGACGAGGCCGAGUCUCCGCUGGUGUAUAGUCUGCUGGCGGUGCGCUGCUCCGGGCUGUACUGCGAGGAGUUCUGUGUGUAUAAAGGCACGAGUCCAGAACAUUCGGCCUUCCUGCCACCCGGCUUCAGCUCGGCCCAGUUCCAGGUGACUGUGAUUGUCAUGGUGGAGGACCACCAGGGGGCCACAGUCAUGGCCCGCAACAAGUCGAUGGAGGUGGUGCUGCCGGCGGUUCCUGACGGAUUCAGCUGUCUCCCUCACUGGCUCAGCAAUCUGACCGACUCCACCCUGAGAGAGCUGCUCCGUCAGGGAGACUCACAGAGAGUACGGGAGCUCUCGCUCGCCCUCAUCACCGUCCUCAAUGAGUAUGAGCAGGGUGUUUCCCGCAGACGUGAGCGUGUGUCUAAGGCAGAGCGUCAGUAUCGUGUGAGCGUCAGAGGAAACAUCACCAGAGCGCUGACGUCACUGGACCUCACCACCGUCAGUGACAUCCAGCAGACAUCAGCAGCGCUCGCGCAGUGCACGGCUGUGAGUCGAGAGUUUGUGUGUGAAGAGUGUCAGAACAGCACUCUGGACAAACUAGAGUCGAUGUUAGAGAUCCUGCAGACAGACACCAAACAGGGCACAGUCACCCCGACCGAGAUAGCAGACAACAUCCUUAAUAUCAUGGGUGACCUGAUCCACCAGGUGAGCCAGGCUGCCUCCUCUCCUCCUCUGGAGGCCGAGGACCGCGACGGCCUCUCCCAGCCGCCUCCGCUUCUCUUAGAGGAGCAGCAGCAUCACCCGCUGCGGGUGGCCGCUAAAGCCUACACCCUGUCCUCCGUCCUCAUGCGAAUCCUCAUGCUGGGCCGUGUCCUGAACGAGGAGCCGCUGAUCCUCCGCGGGGCAGAGAUCGACGCCGCCGGCAAACGAGACGAACCUCAGAGCCUGCUCUGCUACGGCGAGAGCGACGCGGCCGAGUGCCGGCGUUUCUCCAUCCCGCGAGCCUUCAACAGCAGUCUGGGACGGGCAGCAGGGGGUGCUCUGGCGCCCAGCAGCGAGGACGGCAUCGUGCAGCUGCUGUUCCAAGUGGAGCCCAAUCCGUUUCCGUUCAACUACGUCGCCAAUUACACCGUGUCGACAGAGGUGGCGUCCAUGGAGUUUCGCACGGUGAACGGCACGCAGAUUCCCAUCUCGGAUCUGGACGACAGCCAUGCCAUAACGGUUGCUGUUAAUAACGGGAGUGUGGCUGGGCUGGACGGGAACGGAUUGGAGGCCGUCUUGCCGCCAGCGGGAGCCGAGAACAUCAGCCGCUGCGGUUCAAUCAUCGUGAGGGUGAGCACGAGGAACACCAACAGACAAGCGGGAAUCUACGUCCAGCUCAACUUCACCGUACUAGACGAUUCUCCAGAGAAGUGGGAAUUGGAUCCAUUCAUCACAGCCUAUCUGCACACCUCCGAAUGGCCCAAUGAAUACAACAGCACUGACAGGAAACGCAUCACGCUCAAUAUGACGCGGGGGCGGGACCUGGACCACCGACUCUACACUUUCUUCCUGUCUCCAAAGUCCUAUGACACCACGCGUGAUCACUUCAUAAACGUGACCGUGGGCUGCGGCGCUGGCGAUCCGGAUCUGAUCCGGUUCGAGGUGGCCGUCUUCACCUCGCUGUGUCAGUAUUUCAGCGAAAGUGCCAAUCAGUGGCGGACGGACGGCAUGGAUCCGCUUCCCGAGACCAGCGUGGGCCGAGCCGUGUGUCGCACGCAUCAUCUCACUGCUUUUGCCGCCAGCCUGUUUGUUCCCGUCGACGCUGUCUCCUUCAUCAUUCCUGAGCGUUCGGUGACUCGUAGUCUGGUGGUGGUGCUGGUGUGUGUGAUCGGACUGCUGUGUUACGCCGUGGCCGGCGCUAUAAUGCGCAAGCUGGAUCAGAUGGACCUGAGACGGGCCUCUGUGGUGCCGUUGUGUGGGAAGGACGGGCUGUACAAGUACGAGAUCCAGGUCAAGACCGGCUGGGCUUACGGAGCAGGAACCACGGCUCACGUCGGCAUCAGUCUUCACGGCAGUGAGAGCCGCAGUGGACACAGACACCUGGACAGCAUCGGCGCGUUCGCUCGAAACAGCCUGGACAUCUUCCACGUGGCCUCCGACAGCAGCCUGGGCAGCGUGCUGAAGAUCCGCGUGUGGCACGACAACAAAGGUCUGUCUCCUGCAUGGCUGCUCCAGUACGUCCUGGUGAAGGACCUGCAGACGGCCAGCACUUAUUUCUUCCUGGUUGAGGAAUGGCUCUCGGUCGACAACGAGAAAACAGACGGCAGAGUCGAGAUAGAGGUGGAAGCCUCAGCUGCUGAAAAUACUAGUGUUCUGAUGAUUUUGGCCUCCACUGUCUCUGUGGAGCAGCUUCCUCCUCAGGUGGACCAGGAGUCUCUGGAGAUCGAUGACUUCCUGGAUAACUCACUGACAGGAAGCUCUUUUCUGAUGCUGAAUGGCAUUCCUGGAGAGACAUACUCAGAGGAGACCAACAUUGACCUGCCCACGCCGUCCACUAAGAGUCUUCAGAGGUGGAGCAUUCCUGACUGUGAUUGGCCGGAUGUGUUAACCGACCCGUCUGUGGAGAUGGGGCCGGUGUUCCCGCCUCGGCUCAAGAGAGGUCAGGGCAGCAGACAUCUGGGUGUGGACAUUCCCUUCAGUCCCGAUGAGGAGGACACUGUCUAUGACAACAGCCACAGGAACAAAUACUUCUCCUCCUCAGAUGAGGAUCUAAUCAAGCGCAUUCUGGCCGAUGGACAGCUGCUGUCUCAGACGGACAGUGACAUGGGCGAUCUCUCCAGUAUAUUCGGUGAUAAGACGGAGGUGAUUCUACUGCAAAAGAUGAAUGAACCUGUUCCGUGUGGAACAUUUAGACGAGACCCUCCCAAAACUGCCUUUACUUCACGCACAGUGGUGACGGAUGUGUGUAAGCUCAGGCCGUUUCCUCCUCUGUGUGGAUUGGCUGCUCUGUGGGCCAGCUGGGUGGGGCUUGUCCUGUCCAGCAGCCUAUCAAUGUGGCUGGGGCGGAGCUUCAGCGAGGGCGUGGCUCUGAUGUGGCUCAUCUCCUGCAUUGCCAGUUUCCUGUCGUCAUUCCUCCUUCUCGAACCUCUGAAGGUGUUGUUGGAGGGGGUGUAUUUCUCUCUGGUCGUGGGUCGUCUGAGAGCUGAGGAGCAGGAUGUUCUGGUGGACUGUCCGCGUGUGGAGAGAGUGGUUCAGCGGAUCCCGCGAGUCAGGCCGCCGCAGGGGUUCGCUCUCUCACAGGCCCGAGAGGAGGCGCGCAAGGUCCGCCUGCUGCACACCAUGCUGAAGGGUUUCCUGCUCUACAUGCUGUUCCUGCUGGUGGUUUUACUGCUCAACUACUCAGACUCGUCCAGAGACGCCCAUCGCCUACGACUUCACACUCAACUGCAGGAGCACUUCCUCACAGAACACUUCAACAACAUCAGCAGACAUGAAGAUGUGUGGGCAUGGCUCUCAGACUCCCUGUUACCACGGUUACUGGAUGGACCUGACCUAAUGGAGAAGACGGGCAGCCUGCUGAUAGGUCGACCCCGCCUCCGACAGCUGAGAGCUCAGCCAGAAUGCCCCGUCAUUGGCUAUUUCCCAGCAGCCUCGUGGUUUGGGUGUGUCCCGGCCGGAUGGGCGGAGUCAGCCUCAGAAUUGGUGCAGAACUGGAGUAUCAGUACAGCUCAGAGCAGCGGUGUGUGGCACUGGGGUCAGGUGUCUGUCUACAGCAGCGCUGGAUUUGUGCAGGAUCUCAGCAGGACCAUGCAGGACUCCAGAGCUGUGAUCAAACAACUCAACACACACCAGUGGCUCGACCCACUGACCAGGGCUCUAUUCGUGGAGUUUCCCCUCUAUAACAUCAACACCGAUCUGUUGGCCGUCUUCACGUUCCUGCUGGAGUUUCCUGUAUCUGAGCAUGCUCAGUUUAGUCUGGAUCUCAAAACCUGCAGCCUCCACACACUCAGUCACGGCAUGAACCUGCCGCUGUUCCUCACGCUCCUCCUGCUGGUCUUCGUGAUCUAUUUCUCUGUACGUGAGAGCGCGGUUGCUUGGAAACAGGGGCGUGGCUAUUUCCUGCGUUUGUGGAACGUAGCAAGUGUUUGCAGUCUGCUGUUGGCGAUUUGUGUUGCCUCGCUACACCUGAGCCGCUCUGUACUCUCCGCCCACCAAUGGGGGUCAUUUCUACAAAAACGGGACACUUUUACGGACUUCUUUCCUCUGGCUCAGCAGAACCAGGUUCUGACCCAACUCAGCGCGACUCUGCUCCUCCUACUGGUUCUCAAGGCAUCACACCAGCUGCGUUUCAUGAGAGAAUGGGGGGUUUUCGGGAGAACGCUAAGGAGAUCUUUCUGGGAGCUGCUGACAGUUGCAGUCACUCUACUCGUGUUCCUGUUGGCAUACUCACACACCGGACACCUGCUUUUCCACUCUGUCAUGGAGGGCCACGGAACUGUUAGCUCUACUUGCUUGAAGUUACUAGGCUCUAAUGGGCGUGGACUGUUGUCAUGGCGACCGGACAGUGGCUCCUCUCCAUGUUCUGCUUCCUGUUUCAUCUUCUACAUUAGCUUCACUCUCCUCCGACUAGUUUUGCUGUGGCUUUUGAUCUCGCCAUUGCUAAGGAACUAUCGUCGGGCAAGGGCGGAACUGUACCGUCCAGCCGUUGACCUGCAGGACUAUGAAAUGGUGGAGUUGUUCCUGCGACGCCUCAAAAUGUGGAUGGGGCUCAGCCGUGCUAAAGAGUUCCGGCACAAGGUGCGGUUUGAGGGUAUGGAGCUCCCUCCUUCACGUUCCUCUUCAACUAGUGACUGCAAGUCCUUGUGUCUUCCUCCUCUGGACACUCCUGAGGCUCCCCCAACUCCCGACAGCAUUGACGGAGGAUCUGAGGCCUCCUGGCGUCCCACAUCCAGCAGCCCUUGCAGUUUGGCUGAAGCCCCAGGUCUAGGACUUGGCCUCACUUUAGGUCUUGGGGUGAUAGUUGGAGGCCAAGGCUGGAAAGAGAGAGCUGAGAUGGAGGCAACACUCCGCAGAAUCCUCCCAGCAUUCGAUGCUUUGCUUCUGCAGCUGGACCGGGUAACCCACGCCACAGAGGAACUGUAUCGAACAGAGUGCCACCUAGAGAGACUGCUGAGGAAGAGUAGAGGACGGGGAAGAGGGGUACACCGCCACAGAAGUCUGGAGUCUGCAGGACAGAAGAGACAUAGAUACAAGGGGACAGACAGGAGUACACAAGUGGCACAAUCUCCCCUGAGAACUGUAAUAAGUGCACCUGCAUCCGAGAGAAAUCCUCACAAGAGAGAUCGAAGGUCAAGGAAAUCAGAGAAGUUCUCACAAAUCACAAGUGCUCUUCCCACAAGCCUCAAUAAGACGGACUUGAGUCCCCACAGGACCAAUAGUGUCCAAAAGACUCAAGAAACCCCUAGUACCGAGGUGGUAGAUGUUGACAAGACUGAGAAAGGCCCUCGCAAGGCGGACUCGGGUCCCCUCAAAGCAAGUCCACCUGAGGGGGACAGUAGUCAACCUAGAGGCCAAAAGGCUGACAAGGCUUCUCAUAAAGUAAAAGGAACCUCCAACAAGGUAGACCCAAAUUUCCAAAGGGAAUCUGAGGUUGCUGGCUGUGCCAACAAACCCAUCCCUACCCCUGUUCCCACUCCAGCAUCUGCUUCCUCAACUGCUCCUGUUUCUGCCAUAACUACCCCUGUACCGAUCCCUCGCUCCCAUGAGUGGAUUUCUCCCACCAACAGCGAGAACCUUCCCUCCAGCGUGUUCCGGCACCCUGCACACACUACUACGAAUCCCACCCGCAAACGCAAGCACAAACCUCCCCCACUUAAAAAUAAGGUGCACCCCAACACAGACAGACCUAUCUCAGGACACCCCAAACCUUGAGACCCCAAGGUUCCACCAGUCAGUAGACAAGUACAGGCAAGGAUUUGGAAUUGAGUUGUAAGGCUUAGGAACUCGAGGAACGUUGAAGCUCAAGGGUUACAGCAUUUCAUGAAGAAAGGAGGACCUGGUGACAGCAGGUUUUGUAACCAGGCCCUCAAGAAGAGCAAAAGCAAUAAAAGUUGCUUAAAACCAAAUAAUACACCAUAGCCUUAAGUUCAAACCCACAAGUCUUUUGAUUUGUAAUGCCUUACUAAAAGUCUCAAGAUGGAAACUGGGUGCAGGUCACCAUGGUUUCUACAAUCCUCAAGAAGUUCCAGUUGAUGCAAGUUGCCCUUUUCCUUCCCCACUUGCAGUGACCUCAAGUCCAACCUCUUGACCCUGGUGGUCAACUGGGUUGAAACCGACAAGAGCACACCUUGUGCUGUCGCAACAACAAAACAAACUCUUGAAAGAGACAAUGAAGGACUACAACAGCAAGCCUGUUGAUGCAGGAUGGCUAAAGCUUGAUGGUAUUUGUUGUACAAUGUUUGAUGAAACGUUCUUUUUUGUGUUGUUAAAGGAAGCUAUCUUAAGGUCAUGGGUAUAUGUAUCGCCCAUUGAUGCAGAAUAGGCACAGCUUAUUCGAAAAGGGCUCACACUGAUAAACUCGCACACAUACAGACACAAACACCCAGAUUGCAGGUACAUAUUUGAUGCGAUUACAUAAAUAUUAGAGCUAUGCUUCGAGGUACUUAUGCAUAAUUCAUGCUUCUUAAUAUAAUGGCAUUUUGCGAAAAAUAGACACAAAAACAUAUCAGAAAAUAUAUGAACUUUUACAAUUUACCCACUUACACUUAUACACUCACAUACUUCUGAAGAGGCCAUCAGGGUGCUAAACAACUAGUAAUCCUCAGGAUUUCAAAUAUAUUUCUCUGACAUAAUUGCUCCCACAGAGCUCCAUUCAGAGGUUUCUCAGAGCGAAACGGACCAGAGGGCGAGUGAGAGAAGAUGAAAUUAGAAGGAAAACAGAGAAGGGAAAGCAUGUCAGAAAGUGUGAAUUUAAAGGGAGACCAAAAAUUUGGGAUAACGUAAUAGUAGGACAUGAAAUGUUAGAUGAAGUAAGGAAAAAGUUGAGACAGAAUUAAGACAAAGGUACGUCCCUCAUUCAAGCACAACUCCCAGAAUUCUCUGUAUGGGGAUUUGUUAUUCCAGCAGGUAAAAGCGAUGUUCCAUAAAGCAUUAUUAUUGUUAAGUAGUUGUUAUUAAGUAGUUUGUUAAUGAAUGAAAAACCAGCUUAUGAUAAAUGGAAGUGUGUUUGUUGCUGCCUUCUAUGAUGUUUUGAAUUUAAUUUAAAAAGCACUUUGUAUUGAUGUUUUAAUAUGAAUGAUUGUGAUGGCAUCGGUGUGAUUUAAUUUGAAUGUGUUAUGGAAAAUGUUUUGCAGAAAUAAUAAAAUAAGCUUGGUAUGAACAUAAGAGAUAGUUACAACAGCAUUACUCUCCGUAUAAUUUUGCCAAAGCUUGCAACUCAAGUAAGAAAUAAACUUGUUUCUUUUGAACUUAGCACUUUAUUGCAAUGUCAAGCUUUAGUGCUUUGCCAUAUUUAAACUAGUAUGUACUAUUUCUUCACAUACAACUUUCUAGAACUAUUCUCUUUGAGUAUUAUACACAAGCUGCAUCAGGAUAUUAAUUACCAUUAAUUUUCAUGUAUUUGUUUCUACAAUGUGUUGAUUUUGUCUCUUGUGAAGUACUACAUUGGUAUUUACCGUGAUGAUGCUCAGGGACCCUCUUUUUAAAAACCCAAACUAGGAUUUUUAGUUUUUUUGUUGUUUUCCGCUUUAAACAAUACAUGUAUUAAGGUCUCAUAUAUUGAAAUUAGAGUAGUUGAGAGUGAUUUGAUGAUUAGCUUAAGCACUCGAAAAUAUCCACUACAGGGAGUUUUGAUUCUGUCAAAGGUCACUUCCACUACAGUAACGUUCUUAUUCAGGCCAUUCCAGAUGAGGUUUAGAAAGGUCAUGUUUAUCUGUACAUAUUGGUGUGCCCUGAUGUAAAUAUUGUAUUCGAGUUUGAUUGCAUUGUUUUAAUCUCGUUUGCCUUAACCGCACUGAGUAGAAAUUUCAGUACACAAAAUGGAUCGCAGUAUGCACAAUCAUUUCACACAAAUGCUUUGGCCAAAGGAAAAAAUAAGACCCAAAAAAGGUAUGAAAGCAUUGCUAUUUCCAACAGAACUACACACAGCACAAGCAGUCAUUUUAAAAUAUAAUGGCUUUUUAGUAGUUCUUUGCAGGAUAGUAUUGCCGCUAAAAUAUUUCUUACUUUUUGUCAGAAAAAAAAAAAUAAUGUCUGCCAUUUCAAACCAGUCACAAGUGCCAAAACAUACUUGCAUGCAAUAUUGUAAAGUCUUUUUUGGUAUUAAAUGCUGAAGGUGCAGUAAUGUGUUGAUUGCAGGUUUGACAUUUCGUGUUGAAUUGUGCUGUUGUACUUGUAACGUUGUAGCACUUCGCUUUACAUGCUUUUGCACUUGACAAAGUCAAAUAAAGAGUCUGACAGCU